AUGGAUACUGCAGUUGCAAAUGAUAGUGGUUAUGAAAUAUCAUGGAUAUCAGAUAACUACUUAAAAUUUAUUAUUAAAAAGAGUCCUGUUAAAAAAACAACAACAACAACAACCACAACCACAACAUCAUCCUCUUCACCAUCUUCGUCUACAACUACAACACCAACAAAAUCAACAUCACCACCUAAAAACAAAAGAGAAAGAUUACAACUUGAUAAUGUUGAUGAAGACGAUAGUAAUUAUAAAUUACCAAGUCUUGAUGAAUUUAAAACAACAAACACCAACAAUGAAAAUAGUAACAAAAAUACAGUCAUGGACUCAAAUAAUAAUAACAAUAGUAAUGAAAAUAUUGAUACAUUAUUAAAUGUACCAGAAUUAACACUUAAAGAUUUUAAUAAUAAAAAACAAAAAAAACAACAAAAACAUCAAAAACAUAAAAAACAACAAAAACAUCCAAAAGAUGUAGUUUUCAAAGAUUUGGAAGAUUCCAAUAUUUUAAAUGAUAAUCCUAACAAUAUAGAGAAACAACCAAUGGACAUUCAAUCAAUGUCUAAAUUUGUUCUUAAUCCACCACCACUGGAUUCACCAACCCCUACAACCACAACCCCAACCCCUACAACCACUACAACUACAACAACAACAACUAGUACCAACAAUAAUAAAGAUGAGGAAAAAGACGUGAAAUUAGAAGAAAAUGAAAAAGAAGAGGAAAAACAUAGUAAAGAAGAGGAACAACAACAACAACAAAAAGAAGAAGAAGAAAUUUUAGAUUUAAAUUAUAGUGGUAAUACAGUACUUGGUACAAGAGAUGAAAAUCAAGAUACUUUUUUUCAAAAAAAUUUUAAAUCUGAAGGGAUAAGGGUAAUAGGUGUAUUUGAUGGCCAUGGUGAUGAGGGUAUGGAUGCAUCUGCUACAACCAGAGAUAUUAUAUCAAAAAUUGUAGAAAAAGAAAUUGUAAAUAGUAAUGAUAAUAAAAAAUCUGAUGAUUUUUAUGAUAAAUGUAUAACGAGUUCAUUUUUAGAAGCAAAUGAAGCAUUGCUUGAAAAAGGUAAAAUUACUGGUGAUUGGGGUACAACCGCAACAUUGGCAAUAAUUAAGGAUAACCAUAUUCGUGUUGGUUGGGUAGGUGAUUCAAUGGCAGUUUUAUUUAAACAAUCUGCAAAUGGUAAAGAUUAUACUCCAAUUCAACUAUCAAAUGAUCAUAAACCUGAAAAUCCACUCGAAAAAAAAAGAAUAAUUACAACUGGUGGUAGAGUAGUUUUUAGAUGUGGAUGUUAUAGAGUUAUACCAAAUAAAAAUGAUUAUAGUAAUGAUGACAUUAUGAAACAAAGAUUAGCAUUAAAUAUGAGUAGAGCAUUAGGUCAUGUAGUUUUAAGUAAAUAUGGAGUUAGUAGUACACCAGAAUUUCAAAGUGAAUCAUUGAACCCCGGUGAUUAUGUCAUUGUCGCUUCUGAUGGUCUUUGGAAUGUUUUGGAUUUCAAAGCAUGCUGCAAGUAUAUUAAGAAAUCAACUUCUGUAAAAGAAUUAACAGAUUUAUUGUUAAGCGUUGUUGAAAGUAAGUGCCAAAGUUUUAAAAUACCAUGCGAUAAUGUGACAAUUUGUUGUUACAAGCACUCCUAA